CGGGUGACGUCACGGGGCCAGAGUGAGGCUCGGGGCUGAGGCGACCGGAGCGGGGCUGAGGCGGCGGCGGCGGCGGCGGCACCACAGGAGGGGGGCGGCGGCCGCGACCCCGGCCCCGCUUGAAGAGGGAGAGCCCCGAUCGCGCUCCCUUCUCACCCUUGGAGCUCUUUUGGGUCCCGGCUGAGCCUCUUCUUCUUCCUCUUCUUCCUCCUCCUCCUCAGCGGCGCUGACAGCCCGCCCGGAGCCCCGGGGGCGGCGGCCACCAUGUCGUCCCCCAGCCCGGGCAAGCGGCGGAUGGACACCGACGUGGUCAAGCUUAUCGAGAGCAAACACGAAGUCACAAUCCUAGGAGGACUCAACGAAUUUGUCGUGAAGUUUUACGGACCACAAGGAACACCCUACGAAGGUGGAGUAUGGAAAGUUAGAGUCGACCUUCCUGAUAAAUACCCUUUCAAAUCCCCGUCUAUAGGAUUCAUGAAUAAAAUUUUCCAUCCUAACAUCGAUGAAGCGUCAGGAACUGUAUGUCUAGAUGUAAUCAAUCAAACUUGGACGGCUCUCUACGAUCUCACCAAUAUAUUUGAAUCGUUCCUGCCCCAGCUGCUGGCCUAUCCUAACCCCAUAGAUCCUCUAAAUGGUGACGCUGCAGCCAUGUACCUCCACCGACCAGAAGAGUACAAACAGAAAAUUAAAGAAUACAUCCAGAAAUAUGCAACAGAAGAAGCACUAAAAGAACAGGAAGAAGGCACCGGGGACAGCUCAUCCGAGAGCUCCAUGUCCGACUUCUCGGAAGAUGAGGCUCAGGAUAUGGAGUUGUAGUAGAAGAGGCCACCUGCUUUUCAGAGAGACUCUAAUUUCCUAACCAUGAGAAGCAGACUAUAAUAUUCAUAUUUAAACAAAGCAAUUUUUUUUAUUACUAAACAAGGUUUUUAUGAAUAAUAGCAUUGAUAUAUAUAUAUAUAUAUCACCCUUUAGAUCUUGAUUUUUUUUUUUUUUGUUGUUGUUCCUUGGUCAUUUCUCAAACCCGAGGUGCAUAGCAUAUUCCCACAUUCCAUUUUGGUAGCAAUAUGCAGCCCGAAUGCAUGCAUUCAGAUUCCAUUUGGCCAAGUCGACUUGUUGUGCUACUGAACUGUCAGCUACAAACAGCUGCCCUGGGAGGUAGGGAGGUAGCCGAGACGUUUGCUUUUUCUGAUCGAUGGUUUCCAAAGACACCACCUUGGAUGCUGACGUGGAACAGCGUUUUUUUUUUUCUCAAAAAGUGACAAAAAAAAAAAAAUAAUCUGGGGGAUAAUAUACUAACCGUGUAGAUCAGACAGUGGAAUAAAAGGUGCUCCUUCAGGUCAA